AUGUCCGCUCAGCCAAACUACAAGUCCACCGGACUACCUCGGAUUCCUUAUGUCCGUUUAGGCAAGUCAGGCCUUAAAGUAUCGAGACUCAUUCUUGGUAUGGCAUCGUAUGGUACCAAGUCUGACGUAGCAUGGCGGAUAGAAGAAGAAGAAGCUUUGAAACAUCUCAAGCACGCAUACGAUAUGGGCAUCAAUACGUUUGACACUUCCAAUUUUUACUGUAAUGGCGUAUCCGAGGAGAUUUUGGGAAAGUUCGUCAAGACCGUCCCGAGGGAAUCAGUGGUGAUCAUGACUAAAUCUUUUCAUGAGAUUGGGGAUUUAGAAUCUCUUGGUCCUGCAGGAUGGACCAAUAAUCAGGGAAACAAUAGAAAGCAUAUAAUUGCCAAUGUCAACGCUGCUUUGAAGAGACUUCAAACGGAUUACAUCGAUGUCCUGCAAUUGCAUAGAUUCGACUAUGAAACUGAGAUCGAAGAGACUAUGCAAGCUCUACAUGAUGUGGUACAAGCUGGUUAUGUGAGAUAUAUUGGCAUGUCUUCAUGUUUCGCUUGGCAAUUACAUGCCAUGCAGAAUUACGCUAUCAAUAACAAGCUUACUCCGUUUGUCAACUGUCAAAACUUUUAUAAUGCUUUAUAUCGCGAGGAAGAAAGAGAAAUGAUGCCUCUUUUGAAUUAUCUAGGAAUUGGGUCUACACCUUGGUCACCGGUUGCUAAAGGUUGGCUGGCUCGUCCUUGGUCACAACAAUUUGAUUCAAACUCUGAUAAGUAUCACACCGAAGGUAUCCUCGGAGCAGAAUGGGAGAAAGAAAUCGUCGCAAGGACUGAACAAUUGGCUUUGAAACGUGGAUACAGUAUGGCUCAAAUCGCUCUUGCUUGGGUACUUCAUAAAUCUUAUGUGUGCGCUCCUAUCAUUGGCGCCACUUCGCUGGAGAAGAUGGACCAGAGUAUCCAGGCGUUGGAUAUUGAAUUGAGUGAGGAAGAAAUAGCUUGGGUGGAGGAACCUUAUCAAUCGUAA